AUGUCCUGGAUGAUGUGCGCUCGAAUCUCCCAGGGGAAGGCUAGCCUGUUAGCUCGAGCACAUAAAACCACACGGAGCUCGCCCCAUCUUUUUUCAUUCUAUCAUUCUACUUCUUCCUCGACGACUAAGCUACUUCGCUCUUCGUCUGACACAAUGGCUCGCUUCUCUCCUCAGCAACAAAGCCGCCCGGUCCAUGCGACCCCAUUCUUGAACCACUCCAACACUCCCUCAGAUGCCAACUAUGACACUGCCAACCCUACAUACAUUCGCAAGUACCUGCGUACUUACGGCCUCACUCCCCCUCGCUCCGAGAGCUACGAAACCCAAAAGACUCGCUGCCUUGCUCAGCUCGGCCUGAAGAACACCUCCAUCGAUAAAUUCCUUUACUUGCAAAAUCUGCGCAAGAACAAUGUUCACCUCUUCUACCGUAUGGUAACAGACCACCUUCGGGAACUCACUCCCCUCAUCUACACCCCGGUUGUUGGCGAAGCUUGCCAAAGAUGGUCAGAGAUCUACCAAGGCCCAGAAGGCAUGUACAUUAGCUGGGAAGAUCGGGGUAAUCUGGCUGCCGUCAUUGCCAAUUGGCCCCAGCCUAAUGUCGAGAUCACAUGUAUCACCGAUGGCUCCCGAAUCCUCGGAUUGGGUGAUCUGGGCAUUAACGGCAUGGGUAUCCCCAUUGGCAAGUUGGCGCUUUACACGGCCUGUGCGGGUAUUCGCCCCGAGGCCACCCUCCCCCUGACCCUGGAUCUGGGUACCAGCAACAAGACUCUCCGGGAAGACCCGCUGUACAUGGGUAGCCGCCGUGACAAGAUCAGUGCCGAGGAGGAGAAGGACUUCCUCGAUGAGUUGAUGGCUGCUCUCACCGAGCGCUGGCCUGGUAUCGUUAUUCAGUUUGAGGAUUUCAAGAACCCCUUCCCCGCACUGGAGCGUUACCGCGAUACCUACACCUGCUUCAAUGACGACAUUCAGGGAACUGGUGCGGUCAUUCUCGGCGGUGUCAUUAACGCUGUCAAGCGCUCCGGCCUGCCUUGCAAGGACCACCGCGCUGUCUUCUUCGGUGCCGGUUCCGCCGGUGUCGGUGUCGCCAAGCAGAUUGUCGACUUCUUCGUUCGUGAGGGUAUGACCGAGGAUGAUGCUCGCUCUUGCUUCUACCUCGUGGACACCAAGGGUCUCGUCACUGCCGACCGCGGUGACAAGCUCGCUGACCACAAGGUUUACUUCGCCCGCAAGGACAACAACGGCGAGCAGUACAAGACUCUGGAGGAUGUUGUUGACCACGUCAAGCCCACCAUCCUGAUGGGUCUUUCCACUAUCGGUGGUGUUUUCACCCCCGAGCUCCUCCGCAAGAUGGCCGACUGGAACACCACCCCUAUCAUCUUCCCUCUCUCCAACCCCUCUUCCAAGUCCGAGUGUGACUUCGAGACCGCUGUCGUCAACACCGACGGUCGCUGCCUCUUCGCCUCCGGCUCUCCUUUCCCCACCCACACAUUCACCAACUCCACUGGUGAGACCCGCACAUACUACCCCGGUCAGGGCAACAACAUGUAUGUCUUCCCCGGUAUCGGUCUGGGCAGCAUUCUGUCCAAGGCUGUCCGUGUCACCGACAGCAUGAUCUACGCCUCUGGUGAGGCUCUCUCUAAGGCCCUCAACGCCGAAGAGAUUGAGCGUGGCUUGCUCUACCCCGACAUCACCCGCAUCCGCGAGGUCAGCGUCGUCGUUACCCGCAAUGUCAUCCGCGCUGCUGAAGCCGACGAUGUCGACCGUGAGACUGGUCUGCGUAACAUGACCGACUCUGAUCUGGACAACUGGAUCAAGGCUCGCAUGUACGACCCCCACACCGAGGUCCGCUCUCUGGAGCGUGAGGUCGGCCACCUGCUUUCCAGCCUAGGCUCCCUCUCGCCUCUUCUGAACGGUUCCCCCACCGAGGAGAAGAAUGCCAAGCUGUAA